AUGUAUAUGGGAAGUGAAGAAGUAGUAGAAGAAGAAGAAGAAGAAGAAGAAGAUGAGGAGACAAAUGGAAGUGAAGAGGAGGAUAAAGAUCAGUCAUCUGUUGGGAAGCAGCAGAGACCAGCCUGGGCUCCAUGUUUCUUCUACAGAGCUGGGAAAGAGGUGUACAACUAUGUCGGCCAGGAGAUCAUCAUUCAAGAGGCUCUGGACUCGUAUGCUGGCAUGAUAUGGCCGGCAGGGUUGGCUCUCUGUCAUUACCUGGACACUCAUCGAGAACAGAUCAAUCUCGUGGAUAAAGCAGUCCUGGAGAUCGGAGCAGGAACUGGCCUUGUGUCUGUCGUAGCAGCACUCCUUGGUGGCUGGGUCACAGCCACAGACCUACCAGAGGUCCUGAACAACCUGAGGGUCAAUUUGUGCAGGAAUACCAGGGGCCACUGCAGACACACGCCCCAGGUAGCAACUUUGUCAUGGGGCUAUGACCUGGAGCGCACUUACCCAUCAUCGGUCUACCGCUACGACUACGUGCUAGCAGCCGAUGUGGUCUACCAUCAUGACUUCCUGGAUGAGCUCCUGGUCACCAUGAAGCAUUUCUGCAAACCGGGAACAACUUUGAUCUGGGCCAACAAGGUCAGGUUUGAGUCUGACUUGACUUUCACUGAGAACUUUAAAAAGGCCUUUAACACAAGCUUAUUGGCCGAGGAUGGAGAGAUGAAGAUCUUCAUGGCAACAAGUAGAGAAGGAGAGGAAUGUUUUAGUGAUGUGGUGCUGGAAGAUCUGCUGAGACAGAAGGAGGGGAAAGAAAGGAAGGAGGUUGAAGAUAAAGAUAAAAAGGGGAAAGAAAAGCUUGUGGAGCAAAAAUGCAAUGAGGAUGACUUGAACAAUCAUGAAAAAAUAAGUUAUGAUGAAUUACCAGAAGAAACCAACAAGUUAGAGGAUGAAAGAGAAAAUGAAAAGGAAGACAAUACUGAGUGUGAAGAAGAGGAGAACACGGUGGAGGUCCUCGCAGAUGAGAAGGCUCAACCAGAGGACACAGAUUCAAGACAGGAGAUUAAGAAACAGACAGCUCUAAAACAGAACUGGGUCCCCAGCAUCGUCUGCAGCAUUGCUAAAGAUAUCUACCAUUAUGUAGGGGAGGAUAUCGUUAUUUAUGAAUCCAUAGACUCUUUUGGAGCAAUGAUGUGGCCAGCGGCAUUGGCUUUGUGCUCCUUCCUGGAAAACAACAGGCACAUGGUGAACCUGAAGGGGAAGGAGGUGCUGGAGCUGGGAGCAGGGACAGGACUAGUAACCAUUGUGGCCAGUCUGCUGGGAGCUUCGGUCACAGCCACAGAUUUGCCAGAGAUGUUAGGGAAUCUCCGGGCUAACGUGAUGAGGAACACCAGAAACCGCUGCAGACACACGCCCCAGGUGGUUGCUCUGCCAUGGAGCUACAACCUGGAACGCACCCACCCAUCAUCGGUGUACCACUACGACUACGUACUGGCAGCUGAUGUGGUCUACCAUCAUGACUUCCUGGGUGAGCUCCUGGUCACCAUGAAGCAUUUCUGCAAACCGGGAACAACUCUAAUCUGGGCUAACAAGGUCAGGUUUGAGUCUGACUUGACUUUCACUGAGAACUUUAAAAAGGCCUUUAACACAAGCUUAUUGGCCGAGGAUGGAGAGAUGAAGAUCUUCAUGGCAACAAGUAGAGACUGA